GACAAGCUUCUGAUGAAAUAGAAUCAAAGUCGGUCGGUACAAUUAAAGUAAACAAACCGAGUUUGGGCUAUUUCAAGCUUCUUGUUGUAGUAAAAAGAACACAACUUCGACUGUCCUGUCCCGUGGGGAUACAAACUUUUUUUACAUGUUCGAGUUUUGAAGAAGAAGAAGAAUCUCGUUUGGGGAAUAAGAUGAAGUGAUUGAUUAGAUUGAAACCCUCCUUCUUUUUUUUAAUCAUGUUUUAUCCAUUGAAUCAAUCACCUCUCUGACUUAAAAUUAUCUCUCUCGCCCUGCAAAGUUUUCUUCUUUACAAGCCGAGCGAAAGACCCGAAUUCAUCUUUCUGCGUGUUUUCUCAGCUAUGUAUCUCUCGGAUUGACUUCAGUAAGCUUCACCAGCAGCCAUGGAUUUCGUCAGGGGUUUUUGGAGGAAGCAUAGAAGGAAGGUUUUGGUGACGGCUGGUUGUUUAGGAAGUGGUUAUUUGCUCUACAAACUAUACAAUUCCCAUACUCGUAAGCUUGCUGAUUUGGAACGAGAACUUGCUCACCAGCGUGAAAAUGACGAAUUCAUCAAAAACCAAAUGAAGGCACAUUUCGAGAAUAUUCAGUUGAUUGUGGAUUCGACCACACUGCCUCACGCGAUGCAGUAUUUGAGUAUUCGUAUAAGCGAGGAUAUCGAUGUCUCUGAUGUUAUGGAGAGACUGGACAAAGGGAAAGGAAUGUUGAGUUCUUCCGAGAAGCUUCAGCUUUGGGACGAGCUAAAGAUUUUGAGUUUUACGAGGAUGGUUUUGUCUCUGUGGUCUGUGAUAUUGCUUAGCUUAUACAUUAGGGUUCAAGUCAACAUUUUAGGCAGACAUUUAUAUGUUGACACCGCACGAGCUCUGGGCAGCUCUCAUUUACUUGAAGAGUUAGAUCUCAUUGAUAGAAAUGAUGAACAGAAGUAUUUGUCAAGUGCUGAUUUUCUUGUCACCAAUGCAAUGCCAGGUUUGAUUUCAGAUAUGCAGGAUGCAGUCAGGGAAGUUCUUAAAGGAAAGCAGUUAAAAGAUGUAAUUACCACAACAGUUCUUCAAGAAACUGUGAUGCGGGUUAUGGAUGUGUUUAUGAGCACUGGAAGUCCACAUCACUGGGUUGAUUAUUUAAUGAUGCCUCAAGACAUAAGUGGCUCUUCGGAUGAAGCUAUGUCCAAGUUUCAACAACUCAUGGUUGAGACCCGAGAAGUACUCAUCAGCACUGAAUUCACAGAUAUAGUGGAAAUUUCGCUCAAGUGUUUCACGGACGCGUUGGUAGAGGAAAUGGAAACACAGACUGUAGCAGGCGGUUUGGUUACAGGGAAACCAUUGGCAAAGGUCUUACCACAGAUUGAGAAGACGAUGCAUGUGAUUACAGCUGAACCAAGCAAGAACCGGUUCUUACAACUCAUCAAAGAUAUGCCUGAAGUUAAACUCUUUUUUACUCUUUUAUACGCUAAUAUGCCGCAAUAGCAACUUUUGUUUGUUCUCUUAGCAUUCCCCAAAGGGUCUUGUUAGCUUGAAAAGAAAUGCAGGAAUUUUUGUGUUUUGUUGAGUUUGUAGAAUCAAAGUUGACUUCGUUGCUUUGUUUUGAUUAGAAAGAAAACAUUUUUUUAACUGGA